GCUGCUGCCUCCCUGCAGUCCCCUCCCUCCCUACUCUUCCUUCAGUCUUUCCCUUGCUCUCCUUGUCCUCUAUUCCUAUUUCUGUCCUCAUUCCAGCCUUGUCUUUAUCUUUUUUUCCCCCAAAAUGUAUCAGAACGCGUGGAUUGCCAACUAUCUCAGCCAUGUCAAGUGCUGUCAAGGCAUCACAGGGGAGGCCAUCACCAAAGUUGCCAGACCCAAGCUACCGCAAAGGGCUUUUAGUUUUCAUAAACAGUUCUCAUCUGAGGAUAAAGACGACGUUGCCCAGACCCCAAAGGCUGUCGAUGUCAAUCAUAUUGUCUCUCUACCCAAAGUCUCAGAGUUAAGGAAACGUUUUGAGCACCUCAGUCAAAGUGACUGCUGGGACAUGAACAGGAAAGAACGAAUUGCACGGCGGCUGGAAGGAAUUGACGAUGUUCAGUUUUCACUUCCAAGUGCCGGUCUGGUGACCAAUCGGUUAUUGGAAGAAGACACUCCCAGAUACACUCGUGCCACGGAUUUGUGUGACCCAUGCACAGUUUCUGUUCAGCACUUUAGCAAAGAUGAGUCUGGUCUGUCAGACCCUCGCAGUUUGGAGAGCGUUUCACUCCACCGGAGCCGGAUGGAAACGCACAUGGCCCAAACCGAGCCUCCCUACAACCCCAGCUCUGCUUUAACAGCCGAACAGGAAUCUAAAGCCGAGCGCAUUGCCCGAUACAAGGCCGAACGCAGACGCCAGCUCUGUGAGCGCUACCGCAUCUUGCUGGAUGAAGAGGCAGAUGCAAACCAAGUCAGCCAGUACUCUAGAAUGCGUCGGGAACCUGAGGGGUCAGAGCGCCAGUACAGGGGGCAUUUGGAGGGAAAAGAUGAAGUGGAGCAUAAUGCCAACACCUCUAACGUUGACGCAGAUAGAGUGACUGCUGAGGCCAGUGUGGAGCAGGAGUGCAGCAGAGAGCAGGCUGAGGUGUUCUCUGAACAUGAGAGGAGGAUGAAUCUGGAAAACCAGAAAAGGGCACAUGACCAAGGAAUAGUGCAUGGAGGAGGAGUAGCUCCAGACCACUCUGCCCCUUACAUAGAUACUUCAGGGGAGGCCAAAGCUUCAAGGGAACAGGGGAUGACUGACUCACCCAAGGCGAGCCAACCUGCAAAGCAAGUGGCUUCUCUUGGGGAUUUUGGAGAACAGCAGGCUCAUGUCCUCCAAAAGCAAGGCGCCUAUAGUCAAUGGUCACUCCAGACUGAUUCAGAAGGAGACACCAUUUCCCCAAUCAACUGGCCCUCCAGAAUCCGAGUCAGGGAAAGACUAGCUCGUGAUGGGCUAUCGCACCAGAGUGCAGAGCUCGGUUCCCCAUCAGAUUUCCCCGAGUACCAUGGUCAUACACAGAUUUCCACUACACACCAGGAACAUCCAAAAUCCCACUUCCCAUACCAUCUGUCUAAGAUGAAUCAUUCCCAUACUGGGCAAGCUGAGCACCAGGACCCUGGAUGCUAUGGUUACCUCUCCAUUGGCACGGAGCCUUCAUGCCCCCAGGUUUGGCAAGAAGCUGAAGCGCAAGUGAAGGAAAUGGGUAGUCAGGCAAUGGCAGAGGGGCUUCUGAAGACUAGGAAAGCAGUUUUGCCCUCUGAAGUCAGACAGAGAGAGAGAAGUGUUGAUGACAUCCACCGUGGAAAAGCUAAGGAUACAGAUCUGACCUCCUGCCACCAGGAACACACUGCACCAAACAAAGAGGAAGUCCUGGUAGCAGAGCCCAGAGGAAGGCAGGGACGAUGGUCACGGAGAGAUGAGUACACUGAUCAUAUAUCUCGACUUCAAGCAACUGAAGAAAUGUAUGCAAGAACCAGGCAAGCCCAGGAGAGAGCACCCAAUGGCUGGUAUAACCAACAUGGAAUCAGCUGCCUGCCAUCAAGCAUCCAAGGUUCUGCUCCAGCGUCAAGUGGUAGAUGGGCACCAGAGCCAGCCAAACAAAUGAGUGGAUACAUAUCAGACUCAGGGAAACCUCAAACAACUCUUGCAGCUGCCAGCCAGGAAGCCAUCCACAGGAGAGAGGUGGUCCCUCAGGAGACCAGGGCCACCAGAGACAAAUCGCCAGUAGACAGGAGAGUUUCUGUAGCCCAAUUGCGCCAGUCCUACCUUCAGACUGCAACGAGUGCCCAAAAACCUGAGCAGGUAGAGUGCUUUCCUGCAUCUACUGAGGUGCCCUGGAGAAGCGAGCGAGGUGGUAGCAGAGCUUCCCGUCGCCCUCGGCGAUACAUAUCAGCCCAUGAGAAAGAGACUAGAAAGACUUCCGAGAGAUUUAGAACUCAGCCGGUCACAUCAGCUGAGUGGCGGGAGUCUGAUAGGUAUUGUCCAAUCCCAGAACCACAAGUCACUGAAGUGGAUGAGGAGAAGUUGGAUGAGAGAGCAAAGAUGAGUGUUGCUGCCAAACGUUCUCUCUUCAGGGAGCUGGAGAAAAGUGUGGAUUGUGCAGCUUUGAAGGCCCAAAAUACUGCUUUAGCACGCAGACUGAGAAGAGGUCAGGACCGCUACCGUACCCAGCCCAUCACAUCAGAAGAAGUGGUCAUUGCUGCUACUUCCCCUGGUCCUCUGUCACAGACUGUGUCUGUUCAUUCUUCAGUAAAACGUGUUCCUAGUCCUACUGUAAUCAGCAGCACAGUCACCCAACACAGCUCUGUGGCAAGAGAGCCAGCACGAGAGGCCCGAUUGCUACAGGAGACGGUGGAGGCGGAAAAGGCUCGCCACACUGAAGAAAGCCAGGAGGAGCCUGACCUGUCCACUCUCAGCCUGGCAGAGAAAAUGGCCAUCUUUAACAAACUCACACAGCAAUCCAGUAUCCACACCGUCCGCCACAGAGACACACGGACACGGCGCAAUAAUGCCCGCUACCAGACCCAGCCUAUCAUACCUGGAGAGAUGGAACAGGAUGGCUCGGGCUCUGAUCUUUAUGAGGAGGAGAUGCAGCACUCAGACGGACUGAGUGAUCUGGACCAUGUUGAAGGUGGUCCUCAAGUCACCACCUCCUCUGCUGUGAAUUCUACCACGGUUUCUACAGUCCAUGCGGGUGAUAUCCAUCUGGCCCAACCCACUGUGUCCAGUAGCUAUAAUGAGCGAGAUGUGCCACCUUGGCACCAACCACAACCUCUUUCAGCACUCCAGAACCGCAAGGGUCCCUCUGAGCUGCCUGAGAGGGAGGAGUCCAGCAUGGGUCUGGGGGUGAGGAAACUGCCUUCUCUGGAGAGAGUGAGGCAGCCAAACAGAGAGGCAGUGACCUGUGACCUCCAGGAAACAGACGGACAUCAGAGAUCGGGAUCAGCAGUGCCAGGUCUUCCUGAUCAAGCUGUUUCAGUGAGGGCUGCAGCAGCGCCGACUGCAUCUCAACUCUUGAACGGGAGCACUUCUCUCCCGCAGCGCGCACACACUCAGCAGUUACUGGAAGCUGGCAGAGAGGCUGUCUCGGAGUACAGGGGGAGGAUCAGAGAGAGGGAACAAGACCCCGAAGAGGAAGAGGAGAUUUCAGACAUCAUGUCGGCAAGACAGAUGUCCAUCAAAGAGAGGCUGGCUCUGCUGAGGAAGAGCGGUGAAGAAGACUGGAAAAACAGAAUCAAUAAGAAGCAGGAUGUUGUCAAAGUGGCCGUUUCGGAGAGACAUGCACAGCUGUGGGAGGUGGAGCAGACCUUUAAGAAGAAGGAGCCUGUUUUUUCCUCCACUUUUUCCUCUGUGCCUCUGAGUGCCUCUGAGUCUCUGGAUCCCAUCGAACCCCUUUCCCAGACACAACCCUUGCUUACGCAGGUGGAUGAACGUCACCCCUGGAGACGCAAGAGGAUAGGCAAUGAGGUAGUGGAGAGCCAGCAAAUCGAGCGCAUCGAGAUGUCCAUCCAAGAACGGAAGCAGCUCAUCACGGCUCAAGAGGAUGCCUGGAAGGUCAAAGGUUAUGGAGCUGCCAACGACUCCACACAGUUCACUGUGGCUGGACGUAUGGUCAAGAAAGGUCUUGCAGCCCCUGUGGUGCUUACAAAACCAGUCUUUAGUCCUACAUCAUUGAAAAACAAGAAUGCCAUCUCCAAACCUCAGGAAGAGAUCGAGGUCAGAGAUGAUAUAAAACUUGAGUCCGACAAGAAGCUGGAGAAGCUGGAGUCCUUCCUGGGUCGACUCAACAAUAAAGUGGGCGGGCUUCAGGAAUCCACACUUACAGUGACUGAGAAGAAAGUUAAAGAGGUCAUGACUCUGGACGAUGAGUGUUUUGAUAAGUUCUACAGGCACACUGAUGAACUGGCCAAUAUCACCAGUAAAGUGGAGAUCGACGAUGAUUUUGAUGCCAUCUUUGGAACACAGAUUCCAAAGCUGACCUCCGAGAUGGUGCAGCACAAGCGUGCGGUGCGUCCAGCCCGAAAUGUACAGCCUUCCAGGAACCCUCUGAAGCUGCUGGCUGCACGAGAGGACAUCAGACACGAGUACACAGAGCAGAGACUUAACAUCGGUGUACUCGAGAGCAAGAGGCUCACUCAGGAGAAGAUGUGUAAGAACAGUGGGUUCUCUGCUGUGGCUCUGGCAGGCUUGGCGAGUAAGGAGAACUUCAGCAGUGUUAAUCUGCGGAGUGUGAAGGUGGCGGAGCAGAGCUCGCACAACAGUGCCGUGCCUUACAAGGCAAUCAUGCUCCUGCAGGUCAAAGGCCGACGGCAUGUCCAGACUAGGCUAGUUGAGCCAAGAGCUUCCUCUCUGAACAGUGGUGAUUGUUUCCUCCUGAUUACACUCCAGUACUGCUUUAUGUGGGUGGGAGAGUUUGCAAACGUCAUUGAGAGAGCCAAAGCUGCAGAACUGGCCACGUUCAUCCAGACCAAGCAUGACCUUGGAUGCAGAGCCGCUUAUGUUCAUACCGUAGAGGAGGGUAUCAAUACCCACAGCCACGCAUCCAAGGAGUUCUGGAAGAUUCUGGGUGGGCAGACCAGCUACCAAGCUGCAGGGGAUCCAGACGAGGAUGAGUUUUAUGAGACUGCCAUAGUGGAAACAAACUGUGUCUACAGGCUGCAUGAGGACAAGCUGGUGCCUGAUGAUGAUUACUGGGGCAGAGUACCACGCUGCUCCAUGCUCAGCCCUACAGAGGUGCUGGUCUUUGAUUUCGGCAGUGAAGUGUACGUUUGGCAUGGUAAAGAGGUAACCUUGGCACAAAGAAAAGUGGCAUUUCAGCUGGCAAAGCACCUCUGGAAUGGGACAUUUGACUACACAACCUGCGACAUCAACCCACUAGAUCCAGGAGCGUGCAAUUCACUGAUCCCCAGGAAAGGGCAAGGCCGGCCAGACUGGGCUGUCUUUGGCAGGGUGACCCAGCACAAUGAGACUACACUGUUUAAGGAAAAGUUUCUAGACUGGAGUGACUCCAAGGCUUCAAAGAAGGAUGACGUACAAGCUAUUGAACACAAGGAGGUGCAGAGUAGUGAAUUCCAGUCAUGUGAUGUGUCUCGGAUGUUGUCGUUGUCCCAGUCCCCUGUUCGGACUGUUCUGGACGGCAUGGAUGUGGGGCGAGGUUAUGGGAUGGUGGAGGGAGAUGACAGGAGGAACUUUGAGAUUAGCACUCUGUCUGUGGAUGUGUGGCAUAUCCUGGAGUUUGACUACAGUCGGCUGCCGAAGCAAAGCAUUGGGCACUUCCAUGAGGGAGACACGUAUGUAGUUAAAUGGAAGUACAUGGUCAGUGCAGCAGUUGGAAAAAGGCUGAAUUCUGAGCGGAUUGUUGGCCCCGGUAAAGAGAAGUGUGCAUACUUCUUCUGGCAGGGUCGUAAUGCCACCGUUAAUGAGAAGGGAACAUCGGCUCUCAUGACCUUGGAGCUGGAUGAGGAGAGAGGAGCACAGAUCCAGGUGCAGCAGGGGAAGGAGCCCCCCUGUUUCCUACAGUGUUUUAAUGGAGGCAUGAUGAUUCAUGCAGGAAAGAGAGAAGAGGAAGAGGAGAAUACACAGAGUGACUGGAGGUUGUAUUGCGUGAGGGGCGAGAAGCCAGUAGAGGGCCACCUGCUGGAGGUGGUGUGUCACUGCAGCAGCCUGCGCUCUCGCACCUCCAUGAUUUUGCUGAACAUCCCCAAAGCCAGCAUAUAUCUGUGGCAUGGCUGCAAAGCCCAAGCGCACACGCAGGACGUGGGCUGCACUGCUGCGAACAAGAUUAAAGAGCAGUGUCCUCUAGAGGCUGGCCUUCACAGCAGUAGCAAAGUGACCAUCCACGAGUGUGAGGAAGGCACUGAACCAGCAGCUUUCUGGGAAGCUCUUGGGCGACGUGAUCGUAAGGCAUAUGACUGUAUGAUUCAUGAUUUGGGCAAGUUUAACUUUACACCACGGUUGUACCGCUUAAGCAGUGCAUCGGGGGAGUUUGUUGCUGUGGAGUUGAUCUGUCCAUCCAGAGAGCCGAACCUGGUCAACUCGAUGCCUUUCCACCAGGAAGAUCUGUAUAAUGUCACCCAGCCAGCUCUGUUUUUGGUAGAUAAUCAUCAUGAAGUGUACCUGUGGCAGGGCUGGUGGUCUCAGGACAGUGAGAACACGGGCUCCGCCCGCAUUCGAUGGGACUUUGACAGGAAAUGUGCCAUGGAAACUGUGCUCCAGUACUGUCGAGAGAAGAAUGAGAAGAAGCCUCCAAAAGCCUACUUGAUUCAUGCAGGACUGGAGCCGCUUACAUUCACGAACAUGUUCCCAUGCUGGGAGCACAGAGAGGACAUUGCGGAGAUCACGGAGAAGGAAGCAGAAGUGUGUAAUCAGAUCAUUCUAGUGGAAGACGUGUUGGCCAGACUCUGUAAGACCACCUAUCCAUUGGCUGAUCUCAUGGCACGGCCUUUACCAGAAGGGGUCAACCCUCUGCACCUCGAGCUCUACCUGUCAGACGAAGACUUUGAGGGUGUAGGGGCCUAUGGGAAGAAAGCACUGGAGAUGACUAGGAUGGAGUAUGAAGCUUUGCCAGAGUGGAAGCAGGUGAAUUUGAAGAAAGACAAAGGAUUGUUCUAGUCGGUUUAGGAGUAUGAAGAUGUACACAUGGGACAAUAAUCGCUGUUGAAAGACAUGGAACAUGAACGAUGCACCACGUGCAUUCCGUUUUUAGCUGAACUUUAUAAAUGUACACAUGUGGAUGUGCUGGUGUGAGUGAACAGGAAAGGGAUAUGAAAUGAAAAAGAAAGGAGUGGCGAAUAGGGACAGAUCAGCAGAGGUUUACCAGCCUCUUGGAUCACAUCUCUUUCUAUUCCCACUUUUUUUUCCAGUUUGUUCAGUUGUAAAAAGUUGUAAAUUACUGUAAUGUGGGGAUUUUUUUUUUUUUGAGAUUGUUUAUCAGCUUUGUUUGUUCAUUCCACUACAUGUUCAUGUAGCAGAAGUCAAGCUGCCAUUAGUUUCCUAUAAACUAAAAUCUAAUAGUGGCCACAUCGCACCAGCAGACUGUUUUUAUGCUUUAAAGUGCUCACCAUUAUUUUACUCGUGUAAACACUUACAAGGAUUUUGUUGCAGUAAAUGUACAGUAGAUUGAGUUUCUGUAAUGUACUAAUGAUCCUGUCUAAUGUCACUCUCAGCCUGAUCGACAUGCCAUCACAAUUUCCCCUGUUAUCAUGCAGGUGAUGAAAGGUGUGGGUGUGACUGAGUAAUGUGAGUGUGUUAACAUGAAUUUAAUUAAAUAUGGUUGAACUGAAGGUUAAAUCUCCUUGCUCAGAUUCUACAGUGUAUAGUGCCUUUUGCUUUCGUGUACAGUUUGUAUAAUGAGAGAUAAUGGUAUUCAGUUUUAAUAUUUUUGUGACUAUAUAAAUAUUGGAGAGAAAUAAAAUUAUGAAACGA